AUGGUAACAGCUCGGCUCAUGUCCAAACGUGUACGGCAUGUCACGCUGCCGGCGCCUGAGGAUGACAUCGAUGGCGCCGUCAGCGCCCGGCUGGCGGCGGAGGUGACGGGAUGGCUGGGUGUUGGCUCUCCGCUUCCGCCAGCGGAUCCCGCCGUCGCAGCGUACUUUGUGACUAUUCCUGGAGCUGGCAAGAGCGUGCUGACAAAGGGGAUGAUGACGUUGCCGGUUGCGGCGACGGCGGAUGGGUCGCAGAAGCAGCAGCAGGUGACAGUCAAGGUCCUAAACAGCGACACGCUGAAGAAGACGGUCAUAAACUUAUCCCCCGAUCGGUACUGGUUUGAGGUGGCUGCAGCAGCUAACAGCUGUGUGGGCGGAGGCCAUGUGACGGUGUCCGUGGCGGAUAAGAACCUUGUGCCCUCCCCCCCUGGAAACAUCAACCGGGCCCUGGAGCCGCUCAAGGGCACGGGUGUGGCCAGUCUGGCGAUAGUGCCCGUCGUGGCCGGCCCGUCAACUCUCUCCAUGCCCGAGUACGGCGAUCUGUACGGCGGUCUGCCCGACCUGCCCUUCCCCUUGGAGCUCGUGGCGCUGUGUAUGCUGCGCACGCUCAAACGGCGGAACCACGAGGGAGGCCUGGACGGCGAAAAGGCCCCCUCCGCCGCCACCGUCGUCGCGAUGUUCGCGGGUUUCUACCGCCAUAAGACACUGCCUGGGCUGCUGGAGGCGCUCCGGAACCUAUUCACACGGGUCGUAGAGCUACCCAUCAUGCGCGGCGACAGCAUCGCCGCCGCCGCUGCCGUUGCGGGUGGUGGCGCCGCCGCCACCGGUGAAGUCGGCGGCGGCGGUAGCGUGCCCGUGGAGGUUUUGCGUCACGUGGCGACGGGUGUACGAAAUGUUUUGGAGCGAGCGAAACCACAGCUGCCGCCCGAGUGGGAGGCGCGGGCUCGGGAGCUUCUGUUGCGGCCGGAUGUGGAGGCGGCGCUGGAGGCUCUCCAGCUGCCCAUGGAAGAUGUACGGCGACAUCUCGAGGCGGAGAUCUCGGCCACCCUGGAGCAGGUCAAGGCCGCCGCCAGUGCCGACAAGGAAGCCCUCACCUCGUCGCUGACGUUGCCAGUGGGGGCCUUGGACAUCGGCGACGGGAGCGCCGCCAACGCUGCGGCGGCGGCCGCGGAGGAGCGUGUGUCGUACUUUGCGGUUUCAGGGCUAGAUGACGAGACCGUACGGGCGGCUGCUGGGCAAGUGCUGGCUCCGGAGCUUGUUCGCAUGGCCGAUCCUGAGCAAGGCUUCCGUACAGAUGUACGGCAUUCGCUAAUGGGUUUGGUGGGCAGCCCUGUGCAGCUGGAGGUGACGGAUGUUGACAUCAGUCCGCAGGUGGAGAAGGGUCAUACGGCGGUGGAGGCCAACAAGCUGCCCGCCAGACUGGCUGCGGGGGAGCCCGGAGUGGAGCGCAAACCCCUGCCCGGAGGCCCGCUGUUGCUGACCGGGGUGGUGACGGCGGUGGAGGUGGAGGCGCUGCCGCUGUAA